AUUAUUUAGCAUAAUAUACAGGCAUAAUGUCAAGUGAUAAACUACCAGUGCUCGGCUAUUGGGACAUACGUGGUCUGGCCGAACCCAUACGCUAUCUGCUACGCUACGCGGGCGUGGAGUUUACCGACAAACGCUAUCAGUUUAAGGACAGUCAUGUUUGGAAAGAUGAGGACAAGCAUCGGCUGGGUCUGGACUUUCCUAAUCUGCCCUAUUGGCUGGACGGUGAGGUCAAACUGAGCCAAAGUUGGGCUAUAUUGAAAUACUUGGCCCGCAAGUACGAUCUGGUGGCCACUGAUGACCCGCUACGGGCUCAACAGGAACUGGUCGAACAUCAGCUCGAAGAUUUGCGAACGGAUUUCUUCGGGACGGUUGUUAUGGCCGACGAUCCACUGGCCGUACGUGACAGCUAUACGGCCGACCAUCUGGAGCCAAAACUUAGCCAACUAUCAGACUAUUUGGCCGAUAAUCAGUGGCUAACCGGUCCCCGGAUAGCUUAUGUAGAUUUUAUAGCCUACGAAACCUUAGAUUGGUUACGUCUAUAUACAGGUGCCGACGCCGCCGCCACUAUUGAUGAUAAGUAUCCGAAACUUCGGGAUUAUAUGAAACGUUUUGAAUCGUUGGACGCAAUUAAAGCCCACCGAAGUUCACCGGAUUACAAAAGUUGGCCACUGUUUGGACCGCAGGCCAAAUGGGGCGUAAUAAUACCAACAAUGUCUUCACCGAAACCGACUCUCGGUUACUAUAAGAUCCGUGGAUUGGCUCAACCGAUCCGAUUGUUGCUGAAGUACUCGUCGGUCGACUUUACCGACAAAUACUACGAGUUUGGAUCGACUGAUAGCGUAGAGUCUAUGCGGGAACACUGGCUGAAGGACAAGUACCGGCUGGGACUGGACUUUCCCAAUGUUCCCUACUAUCUGGACGGCCAGCACAACAUCAAACUUACGCAAAGUACGGCCAUUUUACGGUACUUGGCCCGCAAGCAUGGACUGGUCGCCACUAGUGAGUGUGCACUGACACGACAGGAUAUGGCCGAGUAUCAGUUGGCAGAUAUUAAAAACGGUUUCUUUCAGAGUCUGUUCAACAACAAAGACUUCGAGAACAGCCGUCAGAGCUAUGCCAACGAUCAACUGUCCAAACAGUUGGAAGAGUUAUCAAAAUUUUUGGGUCAACACGACUGGUUGGCCGGCAAACAGUUGACGUACGUUGACUUUCUGGCCUACGAACUGUUGGAUUGGUUACGGCUGUUUAGUACCGAAACUGUCCACAAGUUUCCGGUUUUGGUCCAAUAUUUGACCCGAUUUGAGAAUCUACCGGCGAUCAAGGCCUACAUGUCGUCGCCCGACUAUAUCAGUUGGCCAUUGUUUGGCCCCUUAACGCCGUGGGGUUAUAAAAAGUAA